AUGUCGGCCGGUGAUCGGCAGCGGUUGGUUGAGAAUUUGAGCAGGAUUACGCCAUUACGCCGGUGUGCCUAUCUCAACAUGAUUUUACUGGGGCCGCUCUUACAAUCGCUGCGGAUGCAGUGUGGGUCUCCUGGCGGAAAGCCCUCGGCAAGGACGCCAUGCAGCGAAAGUGAGGAAGAACGUCAUCCAAGCCAAAGGAGGCAUGCGACGUCUAGCAGAAGAAGUGGAGGACGUGACGAGUCUCUUUUGGGCACAAUCGCCGCCUUCAGACGGAUAUCGGGCUUGAUAUCGGGACUUCGUUUCGCGGGCAGGCCGAAUCCAAGACGGCCUGUUUUGAGGCAUCGUGGGCACGAGAAGGAGGGUCCGCCGGACAAGCGGUUGAAGCGUUCCUUGUGUGAUGCCGGGAGAAUAAAUGCUCAUUCUCGGCGGAGGAGGGCCGCUGUGCCCAUCGUUGUCCUGGCCGCUGGAAGGAGGAUCACGGUGCUGACUUCUCUCUCGUGA